CGUGCGUGGUGACUGUGCGUGAGAGAGGUUACAUGAUGCUACCACUCCCGGUGAGUUUAUCAUAUAAAUUUGCUCAUAAAAAAUGCCGAGGCGAAAAUGUCCCGCCAUUUCCAAUUUUCAAUUCUUCUCCCUCCAUAUCUCUCUGCCCACAGUGCUCGCUACCAGGAGGGCAAUAACGUCCACAAACCAUCACUUCUUCUUCCUCUCCGCAAAACUGAUUUAUUUACCCUGAAUGUUUCAUUUCUAGGGUUCCAUUUUUGAAGUUUUUGAAUCAUUUUUCAAAGGAAAGUUGAAAUUAUUUCCUCUAUUAUCAGAGGGAAAAAUAAUUUUGGAGGACCUUAUGACAUGUUUUGAGGAUUCCAAAUGAGUAGAAGCAACUGGGGAGAAGAAGGGUCGGAGAAAGUACAGCUUCCAAAAGUGAAUUGGUCACAACAUGUUGAGGCUCAUGAUAAUUUCCUAAACCAAAAGAAGUUUCUCAGUUCCAAUUUUCUUUACUCUUUGCCAACACAAAAACCACCAAACGAGAGCCAAGACCCUAUGGCUAUAAGGUUAGCAGCUUGUGGAAGUCAGGGUAUUCAAGCACUACCCAAUUCACAAGUUGAAAAGGCUUGGCAUAUUCUUUCCAAUAUGCAGAUUUCUUGCAGGAAUUACGCAAAACCUGGGAAAACAAUUCAAGUAAAGGGUAUCAGUGCUGAAAAUUGUCAUGGUGCUGGUAAAACGACUCUGCGAUGCUCAUCAAACAUUGAUAGAAGUUCAGCUCAUUCAAAGACACACCCAUACUUUAGUGCAACUACUGCAGCUAAUGUCAAAGUUAGUGAACCUACAAGCUGCACAGGUAAAUAUAUUCCGCCAAAUAAUGUUGAAGCUGCAGAACCAGGGAAAAGUGUAGGAGGGCAAAGACAUAUCGGAGCACCAACUGUAUAUGCUUCUGGUCAGCAGGUUGGUGGUUCUGUUGGCAAUCACAAUGUUCAUGGCCAUACCAGCCAAAGAAAAGAAUCCCAAAAAGUUUGUGUCACUGACCUGGAUGACGAUGAUGAGAUACUAGAGAGUAUUGAUGUGGAUCAAAUAGUGGAACAAUACCAAUCAUCUUGUACACCUCAAUCAACAACAUCGAGGCUUCCUCCCAUCACUCCAACUACAAAUAAUAAGAGUAACUUUGUGCGACAUGAUGAAGCUUGCUUGCCACCUGAACUGUGCUCAACUUGCAGUCAUGGAUCUAAACUAGGAACAUGCCCGGACGCUGCACGCCAUUUGCAGGAAAUGAAGGACAUGUUAAUAUCUGUAUCAAAUGAACUGAUUGAUAAUUUUGAUAGUUUAAGUCCAGAGCAAACAGAAAAACUUCGUCAGGACAGGUUGGAGUUGAAUAAGCAAAUCCAGCAGCUUGAAAUAUAUCUUCGUUCCAAUUCAGUAGAUGAAGAAAGGCAAAAUUCACAUUUUUUUGCAUCCACAACUCCCCAAACUUUCAAUUAUGAAACACCUCAAGCAUCCGUGUCCAGGAAAGAUCCCUGGAAAUUUGAAUCACAGGUUCAUCUACGCAAUGAACCAGGAGCAUAUGAAAGUUGCAACUUUUCAUCUUCUUCAUUCUCUUCUGUAGAUAGAUUUGAUAUUUCCUCUAGUACUGGAGAGAGGGAGCCAUACAUCCCUAGGCUUGUUGAAGUUAACUAUAUUGAGGGUUCUAAUAACAAAAAGUGGAGUAACCAAAAUUUCCCGUGGACAAUGAAAUUGGAGGACAAUAACAAGAUAGUGUUUGGAAAUCACUCCUUUCGCCCCAAUCAAAGAGAGAUUAUUAAUGCUACAUUGAGUGGUUGUGAUGUUUUCGUUCUUAUGCCUACUGGAGGGGGUAAAAGCUUGACAUAUCAGCUCCCUGCUAUUAUAUGCCAAGGCCUAACAUUAGUGGUGUGCCCUCUUGUAUCACUUAUUCAAGAUCAGAUUAUGCAUUUAUUGCAGGCAAAUAUACCUGCUGCUUAUUUGAGUGCCAACAUGGAAUGGACUGAUCAGCAGGAGAUCCUUAGAGAACUUACUUCUGAUUAUUGUAAAUACAAACUGUUAUAUGUUACUCCAGAGAAAGUUGCUCAAAGUGAUGCCCUUUUGCGGCACCUGGAGAGUUUACAUUCUCGUGAGUUGCUUGCUAGGAUUGUAAUUGAUGAAGCUCAUUGUGUGAGUCAGUGGGGACAUGAUUUUAGACCAGAUUAUCAGAGUCUUGGUAUCUUAAAACAAAAGUUCCCCAAAACACCUGUGUUAGCUCUAACAGCUACUGCAACAGCCAGUGUGAAGGAAGAUGUUGUGCAAGCCCUUGGACUUGCCAAUUGCGUUGUUUUCCGUCAAAGUUUUAACCGUCCGAAUUUGUGGUAUUCUGUCAUACCAAAGACUAAAAAGUGUUUGGAUGACAUAGACAAGUUCAUUAAAGAAAACCAUUUUAAUGAUUGUGGAAUAAUUUACUGUCUUUCAAGAAUGGACUGUGAAAAAGUUGCUGAAAGAUUACAGGAAUGCGGUCAUAGAGCAGCAUUUUACCAUGGUAGUAUGGAUCCCGCUCAACGAUCUUUUGUGCAGAAGCAAUGGAGCAAAGAUGAAGUUAGUAUAAUUUGUGCUACAGUGGCAUUUGGAAUGGGAAUCAACAAACCAGAUGUUCGCUUUGUAAUUCAUCAUUCUCUCCCAAAAUCUGUUGAAGGCUAUCACCAGGAAUGUGGUCGAGCUGGUCGAGAUGGUCAACCUUCAUCUUGUGUGCUGUAUUACAAUUACAGUGACUAUAUAAGGGUCAAGCAUAUGAUUACACAAGGUGCUGUAGAGCAAAGUCCGUACAUGUCUAGAAAUAAUCGUGCUAAUACAAGUUACUCGGGAAGAAUACUGGAAACAAAUACUGAAAAUCUUUUGCGAAUGGUCAGUUAUUGUGAAAAUGAUGUUGACUGCCGACGUCUUCUACAAUUAAUCCAUUUUGGAGAAAAAUUUGAUCCUUCAGCCUGCAAAAAAACAUGUGACAAUUGUUUGAAUAUCAAAAGUUGUGUGGAGAAGGAUGUCAGUGAGUUGGCGAAGCAGUUGGUUGAACUAGUGAAAUUAACAGGACAGCAGUUCUCUUCAUCUCAUCUUUUAGAAGUCUACAGGGGAUCCCUUAGCCAGUUUGUCAAAAAAUAUAAACAUGAAAAAUUAGGUCUUCAUGGGGCUGGAAAACAUCUAGGGAAGGGAGAAGCUUCCCGUAUCUUGCGCCAUCUUGUUACUGAAGACAUUCUUGCAGAGGAAGUAAAGAAAAGUGAUGUAUAUGGAUCUGUAUCCUCGGUGCUAAAGGUGAAUCAGUCAAAAGCAUAUGAUCUCUGCUCUGGCAGGAAGAAAAUUGUGUUAAGAUUUCCUUGCUCUGGAAAAGCUACUAAGCAAAGCAAAUUUGGAGUUACUCCAGCUAAAGGCUCAUUGCCCCUUGAGAAGCUGAGUGCACAAGCUGGCAAUCCUGGUGAACCCAAGUCAGACGUGGCUCUGUCAGCUAAAAUAUAUUCUGCGCUACGCAAGCUCCGAUCUAGUCUUGUUAAACAAGCUGGAGAAGGAUUUGCAGCACACCACAUAUUUCACAAUGCUACACUGCAAGCAAUAGGCAGCAGAAUACCCAAAACAAAAGAAGAACUCCGUGAAAUAAGUGGAAUUGGCAAUGUUAAGCUAGCCAAGUAUGGAGAUCAAGUACUUGAAACCAUUGAAUCUACCAUAAAGGAGCAUAUGAAAGACAAGAACAGCAGCAGCGGUCACGACAGUACUGAAUCCGCAAAGAAGAGGAGAGCUGGUGAGCAGAGUCCAAAUCUGGAGGACUAUGAAUUUAAUAGCACAGGUAGAUCCAAGAAAAUGGCAUCAAAGAGGCAGUCCAAUGUGACCAACUUUGGUAAUAACAUGGAGCAAGAUAAUUACAACCAGUACAUAGAUGAUGAUUUAGAUUUCAUAGAUUGUGAUUUCGACAGUAUUGCAUCUCAGAUCAAGACUAAUCAAAAGAACAAUGGCGGAAGGGUGCUACCUUGUUGGUCAACACCUGGUAACGUUUGACAAACAUGGUCUCUUAGAAUAUGCCAUGAAUAAUAGCUAGGCUAACAAACAAUUGUAAGGCAUUGCUGACCUUUUUGUCAGUAAUAUUUAUUUCUAAAGGAAAUGCAUUGAUUGUGUCCAUUGAUAAUUUGUUUAUAUUUUUCUUUAGAUGUUUA